GACCGUGGACAACGUGAUGGAGCAAUAUACGGCGACUCAAUGACAAGAUACAAGAUAUCUUGCGGUGAUAUCGAUUAUUCCGCCAAUUAACCGACGUAAAGACAAAUCGGCCCUUUGGAGAAACGAAGAUGUGAGGCAGCGUCAAUGUCGAUCAACGGGUGGAACGAGAGUGCGCUCGCCACCGCCUCGUCCUAAUCCCGUCAAUCGUGAUUACGUGAUUAACGUGAAUAAAGAAUCGAGGAACGGAGUGCAUCGUCAUGGCGACACACGGUUUGCGAGGUCUGCACCUUUGACUCCGGUAUGAGGUUCAACGACAAGGAGCUCGCGGAGGUGAGCUUUGGGCCCGCGGAUCUCGAGGGACGUCUAAAUCACAAGCGGGCCCACAAGUCAGUGUUUAAAGAGAAGUGGUUCAAGUUAAGGUACAAUCUGCUGUUUUAUUUCAACAUCAACGACCUCGGCCACAUUGACAGGAGGCAGCCGGCUGGCGUCAUCAUCUUAGAGAAUUACAGCAUUAAUAUCGAUACAUCGUCCGAAGGAGCGUUUGCCUUCAGUAUCUCGUUUCGUGACGAGCACGAGAAGCGUCAUGUACUGAGCGGCCGAUCGGAGUCUCAGGUAGAACAGUGGGUCAGUGCGCUUAGGCAGGCGAGCUACGAACACUGGAGGUCUCGUUUGAUCACGCUACAAGAGAGAUUGUGCAAGAAAACCGGUAAAGAUCCAUUGCUCAUGUAUCCCAGGAAUCAGGGUGUCGUACGAGACGAGAGCUGGGAGCCAGCUUCCAGCUUCAGGUCUCACGUACGCUCGUUCGUCGACGCGUCGUCGUCUGCGUCAAACGCGACAACGAGGGAGGCUAAUCUCAUAGAACUGUAAAAUAUAGGAAACCAAUUAUUUUAUAGACAUAAUUAAUUGAGCGCACUCUCCGCGAACCGUGAUCGAGGAACGAUCGUUUUCUACGUGAUGUAGGCGGGCGACAGCGGAAUGCAAACCUUGCCACUUUGAACGAACGUGUUAUAGAAUUGGUAGAUAAUCGUCAAACCAUCCAAUCCAUGAGACAUGCGAUCCAAAGAAAAAUUAGAAAUAUCCCAAAUAUCAAAUAAGGACAAUUGUUUGCUAUUAUAUGCAGAUAUAUUUUGUUAUAUGCAAUGAUGUCUGCGAAAUAGUAUACGAAAGUAUAAUACAAAAGUGCUAAUCUAAACGAUGUACGAGGGGAUGUAAAUAAUUUUGGUAAAAUUAAUCAUAUAGCGCUACCACGUGCUUAAUGUUUGUACGCUUAAAUAUUCCUGUUAUCCAGUGGCAAAUAAUCAUGGCUAUAUAUUCAUUUCUCAUCUACCAUUUCUACCUCUGUACAAAUUUCAUUAGCAAUAAGUAUCGAAUUGUAAAAUACUCAGUUUUAUUUGUAAAAGAUUGGUACGUGUGCUCCCAAUCCUAUAAUAUACCAGCUUGUAUACAAAUAUGAAUUAAAAUGAAACAAGAGAUAGUACACGAUGAAGAAAUAAAGAUAUUUUUCUAAUUUC